AUGGAAAACAUGGAGAACAAAAAUAACGGGAAGAUGAGCGCUGCCAGCACCACGUCCACUGCAGACUCCACCGAUUCUAGAGUAAGUGAGCUGAUUGAGGCGGGGUUCAGCAGGUCCGCUGCAAAGUUACCUGUAGAGUCGCGGUCCCUGGCGUGCAUGACCUCCGCGCGUAAUUUUGGGAACGCCGGUGCGCUGAUCCAAGGUCUGAAUCCAAGCGGGGAUUACGCGCUUUACAAAGAGUGCAGCAUCCUUGAUGCUCCGCUUGCUGUAAAACCGUUUUACGAGCGCAACAGUGAAUUUCUAAAGAAUGAUAAUAUUCCGUGGGAAGAUUUUAUAAAAGCUCAGAGGACGACCACCGUGGCCAUACCCGGGAGUUUGAACCUGUCCUCCAACUCUGGAGCGUGCAAGUUCAUCAAAGAUGAAAAGGAGCCGUCAGUGAUCAUGGACACCCCCUGUCCGAGGUUUGACCCUCCACCUGAGAUACCUGCCCUCGACACCUGCUGUGACGCGGAAAGCAAGCAGCACCUGGCGCUCGGAGAGGGAGAGUCCUCCAGCUUCUCCGCAGCCGCCGCGGCGCCUCGGGCGGACCUGCAGGGCUCCCCAAAGUUUCUCAUCGAUCUUAACCAGUCAGAGCAGCUCCUGAGUCCUGCGAGGUCCGACUCGAGGUGCGCGCAGAGCUCCAAGGCUGGCAUCGCCCUCGAUGGCAGCGCGCAGCCACCGGCGCAGCAAACAGUUUACAAGACUGAAGCUUCACGGUGGCAGAUCCAAACCGCCCCGGGCGAGCCUCUGUUUUGGACGGCUGGAGAGGACACGUUCCCAGCUGGCAGCUACGAUGGGAUCCAGAACCAGACCCCAGCUCUCAGGAACCCAUCACCCUUCCCCACAUUCCCAGGAAUGCAACCUCAGAGGCAGUGUGUGAUCUGUGGGGACGAGGCGUCUGGUUGCCACUAUGGAGUUUUAACCUGUGGGAGCUGUAAGGUGUUUUUCAAAAGAGCAGUUGAAGGGCAUCACAGCUAUCUCUGCGCUGGGCGAAAUGACUGCAUUGUGGACAAAAUUCGGAGGAAAAACUGCCCGGCGUGUCGCCUGAGAAAGUGCUACCAAGCAGGAAUGAUGCUAGGAGGCAGGAAGCUGAAGCGUUUUGGAGCCUUGAAAGCCUUGGGCUUGAACCCGUCCCUGAUGUUCCAGCCCCAUUUGGCCAUGUCCAGCGACAAUCAGGCCUUGACCUCCAUGUCUUGUGUACCAAGCAUCCAUGAGCUGCAGCUCUCCCAGCAAAUAAUCAACAUUCUGGAAAACAUCGAGCCUGAGGUUGUGUACUCAGGCUACGACAACUCACAGCCCGAAGUGCCCCAUCUUCUGCUGAACAGUCUCAACCGGCUGUGUGAGAAGCAGCUGCUGUGGAUUGUAAAGUGGUCCAAGUCCCUGCCAGGGUUUCGUAACCUUCACAUCAAUGAUCAGAUGACCCUGAUCCAGUACUCCUGGAUGAACCUGAUGGUGUUCUCUCUCGGCUGGCGCUCUUUUCAGAAUGUCACCAGUGAAUAUUUAUACUUCGCUCCUGAUCUGAUUCUCAGUCAGGAGCAAAUGAGAAGAUCUCCAAUUUACGACCUCUGCCUGGCGAUCCAGUUUAUUCCUCAGGAGUUUGCAAACCUGCAAGUGACCCGUGAGGAAUUUCUCUGCAUGAAAGCCAUAAUCUUACUCAACACAGUGCCUCUCGAAGGACUCAAAAGUCAGGCUAUAUUCGAGGAAAUGAGACAGAAUUACAUACGAGAGCUUUCCAGGGCCAUCCACAUGAAGGAGAAGGGCGUGAUCGGCAGUUCGCAGCGAUUCUACCACCUUACCAAGCUGAUGGACGCCAUGCACGAUAUUGUGAAGAAGGUCAACCUGUUCUGCCUGAGCACCUUCAUCCAGGCGGAUGCUCUGAAGGUGGAGUUUCCAGAGAUGAUGUCAGAGGUCAUUGCCUCCCAACUUCCUAAGGUGCUGGCAGGGAUGGUGAAGCCCCUGUUGUUCCACACUAAGCAGUGAAGUCUGUAGCGACCGCCUGAGACCGGAUCCUUCGCUGCUCAAUACUGGAUUCUUUAAAUUCUUCGUUGACAUGAAUGUUGGGGGUUUUAUUUUUUACAUUUGGGAUGUAGUAAAUAUUAUAAAUCUAAAGGUAUCAAUCAGUCCUCUGUUUUAAUCUCAUAUCAGACUUUUGACAGACUGCUUCUUGUGUACAGAUUUCCCUGUUUUAGCUGAAACAGUAAAAACAUCUGAGAUACUGAUAUUUUUGUACUGAGGCUCAAAAAUAGGAAAAAAAAAUCAAACACUUCUUACAAUCUUAAGAAAACAGAAAUACAAGUGUAGAAGUGGAGCUUUACAUGUAAGUGUAUCUGUUUGUAGUUGCAACACAUUGAUUUGUUUCUAUUUCAGAGAGAAAAUACUAUUAAGAUAUCUAUAUUUAACAUAUUUUAACAUAAAAUAAUUAAAAUAAAAACUACGCUCAUCCCUUCAAAGACUGCAAAUACCUACAAAUUUUAUUUUUUAAUAUGGAGCAUAUUUUAUACAUUUAACCACUCUAAGAAAUCUUUUGAUUUUUUGGUAUUUCUUUGGUUUAUUUGGGAUAAUGAGAAUUGCAUAUAAUUUACGGAAUUACUAAUGUGAAAAAAGAUACCACAUUACAAUAAGGGUCCCUUUAUUAACGUUACUUAGUACAUUAUUAAGCAUUAAUAAACUAUUAAAUAAUAAUAUGAAGUAAUUAAUUACUAAGCGAUUUCAAUCUUGGUCGACCAGAAAUCCCAAAUCUCUGUUUAUAUGGACACUAACUGAAAUGAUCCGAUCAUGCCGUGAGUGUACAUACACCAAGCAUUCAGUCAGAUUAAACGGGUUGAGCAUGUGCAGAUGCGCAGAGUUCUUUCCCAAAAAAACUGUAAACAAAAUCAACCUUGUCCGCAUGUUUUCCCCCUUGCAUUUUAUUUUCUUAUUCUCUAGCUUUAUCCGUUGACUUACAGGUUUUCCACCCAUUAUGGACCUUCCUCGUAUUUUUACCUGUAUGCUUUUGUUUUUAUUAUUGCUUUAACUAAUUUACAGGCUCAUCAGUACGUGACACUACUGCUCCUCUGCGGGAGAGGAGAGCAGGAUAACUUACUAACCUUCACCUGCUCACAUCGCCCUCCAGCUUCUCAGACUUGUCCUGAGCGGCUGCAAAGGCAGAAAGACAUCACGCUGAAGUUGUACACAUGGGCAGUGGGCAGUAAUUGACUCCAAGAAUCCAAAUGAGUUUGUAUAUGGACAUAAAUCGAAAUGAUGAUGGGAGAAAACCACUUCUCUCAAUCGAAAUGAAUUUUUAUUUUGAUCGAGCCGUACUGGAUCAGAACAUUUCGACUGACAUGUUUACUUGAAGAAUUUUUGAUCUGAUAGGGCUUUCAUUCUGAUUACUAGUGCCCAUUUAAACAUAGCUACUGUCAGAAACGUUAAUAAAGGUUCCAUUGCUUAUUAAUGCUUAAUAAUACACUAGGUAAAGUUAAUAAGGAGAUCCAUUGACUAUUAAUGCUUAACAAUGCACUAGGUAAUGCUAAUAAAGGGAUCCUUUUUUAGUAAUACUUAAUAAUGCACUAGGUAAAGUUAAUAAGGGGAUAAUUAGUUUAUUGAUGCUUAAUAAUGCACUAGAUAACGCUAAUAAAGGGAUCCUUUUUUAUUAAUACUUAACAAUGCACUAGGUAACGUUAAUAAAGGGAUCCUUUUCUAUUAAUACUUAAUAAUGCACUAGGUAAAGUUAAUAAGGGGAUCCUUUGUUUAUUAUUGCUUAAUAACGCACUAGGAAAAGUUAAUAAGAGGACCCUUUGGUCAUUAAUGCUUAAUGAUGCACUAGGUAACGGUAAUAAAGGGACCCUUACUGUAAAGUGUUACAAGUUCAUUUUCUGCCUCAAAAAAGCAGAAACGUGCAGAUGAAAUGAAUGUGGUCAAUUUUAUUCAGUUAGUUAAAUUUGUUUAAAAAAUAAUAGUGGUGUUGCACUUCAAUCCCUUGUUAUCCGAACUUUACUCCGGAAUUUUGCAACAUAUUGCCUUUUAUUGCGGUUGUUUUGUAAAUUAGAUAAAUAUGAGAGUCUAUUUAAAAUGUGCCUUGGUUAAAAAAUGUUUAGUGAAGAGAUUUAGAAAUAAGAUUUUAUCAGUUGUCAUCAUAAAUAGCAGAUUUUCUCAUAACACAAGGAAAUUAGAUUGCAGGUUUAAUGAUUCUCUCGUUUAUUUGCCAACAUUUUUUUUACAGCAGACAUUUGCCAAGAGUCAGUCUAAAUAAAACGUGGUGCAGACAUUUAAACAUUCAGGAUAUGAAUAUAAUUUCCGUGACAUGCCCCUAGAAAUCCAUUUACUGUAAGGGAGUCCUGCAUCAACGUUCAAGGCCACCACACAUUCUUCCACAUAUAAAUGGAAAAGAACACCGUGAUCUUGGCAGGAGCGGGAUGUCAGAUCCACUCCCAAAUGCAUUUUAGGCAAAUAGAAAAAAUUUUAACUUCUGAAGGGUGUUUUUCUCAGUUUGUAAUAAGACCAAAGGUUUAUGGGUUCUUCUCAUUUUCUUUUUGUAAUAUUUUUCUGAAAUGGUAUGACCAAAGUGAACCUGAUUGGAAAAUUUUUGACUUUUUAAUGUGGGAAUCCUGUACUGGAUUGGGGUAAAUUAGGUAUUAAAUGUCUUCUUUAACACAACAGAAUAUGAUACUGUGUAGCUGCCAUCUCUAGUGAACCAACGACUACAGUACAAACAGCAACAAAGCUACGCUACAUUGGAUUAAAACACAUUUUACAUGUAGCGUACAUUUGAUGUGACAGUGUGUUGUAAUAAACUGUUUAAAGAAGUAAA